GAGAGAGAGAGAGAGAGAGAGAGAGAGAGAGAGAGAGAGAGGUGUUAGGAAGACAGCUAGAACGGGAGCAGCCCUCGAGAUAGAAGGGUAACGGACACCACUUCGAAGAUGGGCUUCGUGGCCCGAAGAGACCGGAGAAUAACUUGAACAUUACAAAAACGUCCCGGGAAAGAUUUGGUGUCACAGAACGUUAAAGUGCAUGAGUUAUUUGAAGUUUAAAAUGUGGGAGAUGAUGGUGGUGUUGUUGAGAGCGAGCUCUCCCCUCUUGUCGUCUCGGACAAGAUGGCAGCAAUGCAGGCAGACUGUGCAUGCUAUGGGUGUAUAAGUCCAUAACAUGUUCAGAGAAGCCCUGGAUUCUACCUAUCGUUAAUCUACGUGAAGGUAUGGCCUCACAAGUCUUGGUCUACCCACCACACAUUUAUCAAACCCAGACAAGUGCCUUUUGCAGCGUGAAGAAAGUGAAAGUGGAGCCGGGCAGCUGUGUGUACCAUGAGAGGGCUCACCCGCAUCUGAACAGCACCACCCUCGGCAUAGCGCACCCCAACAAGCUCGCUCCCUCGUUCGCUCCAGACUCGGCUGUGGGCGUGAGAGCUCGCGGAGGACAGGAACACCCGGUGAAGACUGUGGUGGUGCGAGGCGUCCGGAGAGAGCAGCCCAGCGCCGCAGGAAGUAGAGAAGGAGGAGGAAGAGGAGGAGGAGGAGGAGGAGGAGGAAGAGCAGGCCCUGCGCUACCAGGGGCAGUCCCCUCACAGGUCAAAGCGCAGGAGCAGAGGGAUCGAGGCAGCGGAGGCAGCAGUGGAGGAGCAGGGGCAGGAGGAGGGGGAAGGGGAGAGGGCAGGAGAGGGGGAGGAGGUGGGAAGGUGGAGGAAAGCUACGGGGGAACGGAAGUCGACGAGGAAGACUGCGGAGGUUUGAACUCGGCCGAGGGCUCUCAGCGAUGCGGGCUGAAACGUAAGAGCGAGGAGCUGGAUAACCGAGGGAGCGCCAUGCAGAUUCUGGAGGAACUGUCCAUGCUGCCUGCCAUGAUGCAAACCACGAAUGUAGGGAGAAACCCGGCCGUGCCUGCGGCCGGGGGAGGGGGGGCCCUCAAGCAGGGGGCCACGGGGGCGGGCGGGGCGGGAGGAGGGGACGGAGACUACCAGCUGGUCCAGCACGAGGUUCUGUGUUCUAUGAAGAACACCUACGAGGUUCUGGAGUUCUUGGGCCGGGGAACCUUCGGCCAGGUGGUGAAGUGCUGGAAGAGGGGCACGGGGGAGGUGGUGGCCGUGAAGAUCCUGAAGAACCACCCGUCGUACGCGCGGCAGGGCCAGAUCGAGGUGGGCAUCCUGGCGCGGCUGAGCGGAGAGAACGCGGACGAACACAACCUGGUGCGGGCCUUUGAGUGCUUCCAGCACCGCAGCCACACCUGCCUGGUGUUUGAGAUGCUGGAGCAGAACCUGUACGACUUCCUGAAGCAGAACAAGUUCAGCCCGCUGCCCCUGAAGGUGAUCCGGCCGGUGCUGCAGCAGGUUGCCAUGGCGCUGAGGAAGCUGAAGAUGAUGGGUCUGAUUCAUGCAGACCUCAAGCCCGAGAACAUUAUGCUGGUGGACCCCGUGAGGCAGCCUUACAGGGUGAAGGUGAUAGACUUUGGCUCGGCCAGCCAUGUUUCCAAAGCCGUGUGCUCCACAUACCUCCAGUCUCGGUACUAUAGGGCUCCAGAGAUCAUCCUGGGUCUGCCGUUCUGCGAGGCCAUAGACAUGUGGUCCCUGGGUUGUGUGAUCGCUGAGCUGUUCCUGGGCUGGCCCCUCUACCCUGGAGCCCUGGAGUACGACCAGAUCCGCUACAUCUCCCAGACGCAGGGUUUACCAGGGGAGCACCUGCUGAAUGUGGGGACAAAAACAUCUCGCUUCUUCUGCAGAGAGUCUGACUCCCCCUACGCAGCAUGGAGACUGAAGUCCACAGACAGCCACGAGACCGAGACAGGGAUGAAAUCCAAGGAGGCCAGGAAGUACAUCUUCAGCUGUUUGGAUGACAUAGCGCACGUGAAUUUGGUGCUGAACCUUGAAGGUAAUGACCAGCUUGCGGAGAAGGGUGACCGCGGGGAGUUUGUGAGCCUGCUGAAGAGGAUGCUGAUGAUCGACGCCGAGCAGAGGAUCGUCCCUGCAGACGUCCUCAGUCACCCGUUUGUCACCAUGCAGCACCUGCUCGACUUCCCCCAUAGCAACCAGGUUAAAUCAUGUUUCCACAUCAUGGAUGUGUGUCGCUCUCGUCCUGGUGUCUAUGACUCGGUGAACCGGAACAAAGCCCCGUUCCUCCGCCCGGUGACCUCCUCCGCCAGCCUGACGGGGCCCUUCAGCAAGAUGGCCGGCGUCCACACACAGGCUCUAGCCCCCUCCGCCCCCUCCGUGAUGCAUCCUGGGAUACCUCUGCAGACAGGAAGUGGCCAGUUUGGGUGCAACGAGUCGUUCCCGCAGGCUCUGAUCCUGUGCCCCCCCCUCCAGGGGAUCCCCAGCAGUGUGGCCAAGCCGACUGGCUAUUCUGUCCGCAUGGAGACGACUGUUCCCCUGGUAACCCAGGCCCCGCCCAUCCAGCCCCUGCAGAUCAGAGCCGGGGUCAUUACACAGCAGGCCUGGUCCAAUCGGGCGCAGCAGAUCCUGGUUCCUGCCUGGCAGCAGGUGACUCCCGUGGCCCCUCCCACCACGCUGGCGUCCGACUCUACUGCCCCCCAGAGGCUGGGAGACUGGGGGAAAGUGCGUCCCCAUGGCAACCAUUACAACUCCAUGAUGCCCCACCCCCAGAGGCUCAUCACCAACCAGAUGACCAUGUCCGCCCACCAGCCAAUCAGCAUAGGCAUAGCUCACGUAGUGUGGCCACAGCCUGCUGCCAACAAGAGAAACAAGCCCUGCGCCACCAGGUCCAACACCUUCUCCCUCCCCACCAACGCCCCCAGCUCGACCUGCCCCUCCCCCAAGAUGGCCCACGCCCCCCAGAACCUGCAGGAGGCGGGGGCGCAGCCUGUCGCUGGGGAGGCGGUGCCGGAGGCGGAGCCUAGCUGCUGUAAGGCGGAGGCUGAGUCUGGGAGAAUGUCGUCGUCUCAGCAGCAGCGGCCGACCCUGACAACCUCUGACCCCUGCAGCCCUGCCGCCAGCAUCAUCAGCAUCAGCAGCGAGGAGGAGGAGGAGGAGGAGGAGGAGGAAGGCUCACAGAGACACUUACUGGAGUGUAAGGGCAGUGUGGAGUGUGAGGCGUGUCAGAGCACCGUGAGCAUGGAGAGAGUGUGUUCUCUCAGCAGCCCAGACAGCACGCUCAGCACCAGCUCCUCUACCUCCACACAGUCCCACAGCUCCCCCUGCAAGCAGCCCAACAGCAUGUCUGAUGACGAGCAGGAGAGCGGCUCCCCGGCCUCCGACUCGUCCGGCCGCGGCCGCGCCAGCCCCUUCAUCCCGCGCAGCUACGUCUCCAACGGCAACCAGGCCGGCGAGCCGCGGGUGGCGUGCAUCGCCCCGGUGACGGAGGGCAGCAGGCCGGUCGUCAGGACGAUGGUGGUGCCGCCCAUGAGGAACAACAACCCCAGAGACACACUGGGGAACACGGAGCCUGGUUCCCGGGGCCAGACCCCCCCUCCUGCCGCCCCAGGGGCCCGCAGUGUUAGAGUCUUCUUGCCAGUUCAAAGGUCGAGGUGUUCCGGGGCGGCAGCAGCUCCACUCCACCCCGCUGCUCAGCCGUCCUCAGAAGAUCACCGCCUUCCAGCCCCAGCAGCAGCCCCUGGGCUUUGGACAGGUCCCUCACUUCACCACCUGCCACCAGGACUGGAACAGCAACUACGGCCGCCGGCCCCAGGCCUACAUCCCCCCCACCCUGCAUGGGCACCCCUUCACCCUGCCCCACGGCAGCCCCAGCCACACCACCGGCCCCCACCCCCACCUGGGGGGCCACCCCCCGCCCACCCUGCUCUCCUACCCCCCCCCUGGGCCCCUGGUCCCGGCCCCGCCCAUGGCCCACCUCCUGGCCUCCCCUGGGUCCUCACGCGCCCUCCUGCAGCCCGCCUACAGCAUCUCCCACCCUGCCGCCCUGGUGCACCAGGUCACGGUGGGCAUCAACACCCAGCUGCUGCCCUCGCCCACCCUGCACCCCCAGGGCCCGUUCAAGCCCCUCUACCCCCCGCACUCCUUCAUCGCCAGCUUCCCUCUCAGUCCCACCAAAAUCAACCAGUACCCCUAUAUCUGAUCUCCGGGUGUCUGGUCUGGAGGGACACGCCCCCAGGGUACCCCUGUUCUCUCUGGGGGGCCUGGGGAGUGGGGGCCCCCCUCUACGAACACGCUGGCAGCAACAACAACAACAUGGUUUUCCUCUCUGAAGCCAUGGCACAACCACAAAGAAAGCAAACUAUUUUUUUGAAUCAUGUAGACUUGGGUGCAAUUGAACUCUGAGCUUUAAAAAUGAGUUUGGGGGGGAGGGGGAGGGGGGAAAAGAAGUAUGAAGGGAAGAAGGAAGGAAGGAAGAGAGGAAAGAAAGGAGGAAAAAAUAAUGAAUGAAUGAACGUGUAGACGGAAAUGAAACAAAACAAACAAACUCACACUCGAUGUGUUUUGCACAUUUGAUAUACCUUCACAUUGGAUCUUACACAGAUACACCCUCCUCAAAAACAGAUGGACGGGGGGGGGGGGGGGGGAGUGAGGAAGGGUGGGGGGGGCAGUAGAGCAGUCAGACUCCAGAGCCCCUCUCUCGAUGAGCCCAGAUAUUUUUCUAUUGCCUUCUAACAUGUGUGAGACCCAUCCGUAUUGGUGAAGCCGUCCCCGUCCAGCCCUCGACCAGCAGGUCAACACAUCGUCUCUCGUGUGUCGUACAGCGUUUGAAGUAUUUGUACAUCUUUUCCAUGUCUUUGGUGUUUGCAACGUUGAGUCCAUUUAGAGCGAUCAUAGCUAGGGGUGUUCCUCACGCAUGUUCCUGCAUGAGCAGAGAAACGGGACCGGGCGGUCACGUGACCGGGCGGACACGUGACCGGGCGGUCACGGGACCGGGCGGUCAUGGGACCGGGCGGUCAUGUGACCGUUCGUGUCGCCAGACUCUGCGGGUCGCAUAACUGUCCCUCAGCCAUAGUGCCUUAUAUAUUUGAGGUUGUUAAUGUUACUACUUAUAUAUGAACAUAUACAUGAAUAUAUUAAUGUACUGGACUGCAGCACUUGAAAUUCCAAUCAGUCAAUGCAUCCUGUGCGGGAAGAGAGAUGAUGCGCACUGGGAAGUAUCCAUGCAUAGCCUGCAUGGACAUGUUGUAUUGCGGAUAGCGGUGCUUACCCUCUUUGGAUUUGGUGUGUGUUUUAGCGUGUAGUGAGUACCUUUUCUGUUCCCAAGGGAACGGCAUGCUUUGCUGUAGCGAAUGCUCACUGUUCCGUUUUUUAAACGUCUUGUUUCGGUUGGUUAGGUUCUGUCCUCCCUCUCUGAAUGAACUAGUGUACAAACAGCAAGCAUUGAAUAGUGCUUAGUAUUUGAUAAUCAAUUUCUAUUUAGUCAAACUCUUACUAAUAACAGUAUUUGUACUGUUUGAUGAAACUGCAAUACAAUCUAAAUAGUUGUUGUUUUGGGGUAAUUUUUUGUUGUCUUUUUUGCUUUUUUGUCUUAUUUUUUUCGACUGUUAAGGUGUUUUUUGCGUUUUGAUUGAGUUUUAAAAAACUAGAUGUUUAGAAGUUUGGUGGGCAUGGCUUUGACUAGGUGAGGACAAAAAUGCAAAUUAAUUCAUGGUAUGGAUUCUACAUAGGCUGAGCAGACCAUGCAGUAUUUGAUAUAAACACACACGUAUAUAUAUGAAUAUAUAUUCUAGAUCUUGUCUAUUUAGUGCAGACGCUUAAUACGGUGUGAGUUAAUUGUGUGCAAUUCUCUCAUUUAUGCAUGUGUGACGAAGUUAACUUUUUCCCUUUACAUUAUCCCAUUUGUUUAAAGCUUAUUGGUGUCGACUGCUUAUUUUAUACAUUCCGUCAGGGAGAAUAUAUAUAUAUAUGCUGUGUGCGUUUUGUUUCCGUUUUUGCCAGUUCUGUGCGUAAGAUUUUGUCUUUACUUUCAAAUGAAGUUUGUUGUGCAGCACCAAAGACUGUAAUUCAUUUCCUGAGGAAAGUCUGGGCUCAGGAUAUAAAGGGUGAGACAAUGGCAUCACCACAACGCGGAAGUUGGGAUUUCAUGGGACCAGUGGUGACUCGUCACCUAGCAACAGAACCCUAAAUUAGCUCAAGGCUAACUGUCGUAGCCGCAACUAAAGUAUGCAAACGAUUAAGUCACCACACAAUUUAUUAAAAUGCCUUUGAUCCAGUGAAAUUCUACAUAAUAACCUGCUGUGUGACGUACAUCCACUUUUAAGCCAAAUUUAGGAAGUCUUGCCUUUCAUGCAUUUAGUUAGCCAAAGCUGGCCCAUGUUGCCGGUGUCCAUGAGGAACCUAACUUCGCUAAAGUUUCACUCAUGGACCGUAAUAGACGUGUCUCAUCCUUUAUAAAUUGAUCCUAGAGCAAGGUAGCUAUUCUGCUUGCAAAGCCUCAUGAAUACUGUAGCCUAGUCGUAGAAAUUAGGUUCAAUAAAAAAUAUGGUAAUCGAAAAAAAAAAUGGCUGAGGUAAUGUCUAGUUUUUCGGGCAAUUAAUAAGUCGUAUCAUUUUUCUUGAAUGUAUCAUAGAUAAGCUGCUAUAUAUGAUGAUUGCCACUUCAAUAGCUGUGAAAUUAGGUGAUUUCUUAUUUCAAACUCAUAGCGUUCUUAUUUUUGUAUAGGUCCCUAAUUAUCUGAAAUAGAAGUGGUUUUGAUUUUAGUGUUCAGCUUCCAUGUUCGGAGUGUCAUUGUAACUACUGUAUUGCUGAUAAUGAACGUUAUUUGCGUUCGUUACGUUUGGGUGUGUGUGUUUUGCAUCAGUAUUUUACCUUUAACCUUUUUCGGGCUCAUCACUGCAUAUAAAUGGAUGUAUCGAUGUAACUUAAUUUUUUGUAUGUUUUCAUAUUGGCGUUUUGUAGACAUGUAAAGCUAUAGCUUGCAGGGUUGAUUUAAAGUUUAUUUUUUUCAUUAUGGUAAUUCAGUAUACCGUAUGCUAACAGAAAUAUCUUAUAUGUAGAACAGGAGCUGUAUGCGAUGACAGGAUAUGUAUUCAAUGUGUGUUAUGAAAUGCUUCUGUGACCGGUUUCCCCAGAUACCGCACCACUAAGCACUUCUGGCUGGUGGACCUUCCCCCCCUUUCCUGUCAACACGUGUCUGACAUAGCCUAGUUUAAUCAAAGAUAUUGGUUCGAAAAACAAAAUGUUUUAUCACUUCUGACUUUUGAUUUUCCUUCAUCUAAAAAUUAUUGAUUUGGAUCUUUUUCUCAAAACUAUCUACUCAGGGUUAUGCCCGCGUGUGUGUGGCCCUGCGUCAGAAAGAAAUGAGAGAAUCUGCCUUUUCCUGUACGGAUUUUCCCUGAUUGUUAUCUUGCUCCCUUUCAUGCUUUUUUUAACGUGGUGUUUGUCAAUGUAAUUCCACGGCCACUGGUUAGUGUUGCUUUAUCGAUGUUGAGACAGUGUAAACAGCACUGUGUUUGUGCCUUGAGAAGAAGACGGUCGAAGACGAAUGAGUUGGGUAGAAAAUCGGGAGGAGAUGUCACUUUCCCCCUCCCUUUCCCGCUUUGGGUGAGGAGGAGGGGUGAAAGGUUGUUGAGAGGUCGGAGGCAUGGGGAUCUGACAGAAAUCCACGUUGCAGGGCCAACAGUUCCAGCUUAUGGAUUCUUGACCAAAACUCCACCGAGGCUAAAAGAUCUGAAGGGUUUAAGGGGGAUGGAGUCCAUGACAGUGAUUACUAUCCCCUCCAUCCGCAGAGCCCUGACCGUGUAGAGCAAAGAGAUGGUGGUUUUUAGAUAGCCCGUUUUAGAUACCCGCCACCAAAGUCACACACAACACAUGUCCUUGCUCACAGAUAAACCCAAGACACUGACACAAGGUCUUUGAGCGAUAUGACAUUUCCGGAUCCUCGCUAGUUACCCUACCUGAACAACUAAUGCAAUACUUUACAUAGUGCAUCACUAAGUGUUCUUAGAUGUCCCCAUGCUAGAUUUUUUUACCUUGCAUGUACACCUAAGUCAGUUUCACUUAUCUGCCUACAAACACGGACAUCAGUCUCCCUAGACUGUAAACAAACACCUUGCAGCUGCGACUUAAAUGUCUGAGGACAUGUUCCAGUAUGUUCCCCUCAUAGAAACCUUUACUGUCAAAGCUCGCCAUUCGUAAUAUUAUGGUUAGUCAUCGCUCACGAUCGGAGGGAGUCUUGUAGGGAAGCGGAAUGUUAUUGUACCGUGGUUGAGAUGUUACUUGCCUUUUGUCAAAGAGCUCUGUUGAGAUUAUAGUGGCUAUUCUUCAGCUGUCCUGGUUAAGGUCGUUCGCAUUUCAACACCAAAAAGUAGCUGGACAGCUGUUUGGUUUGACGGCUUUUUCUUUUCUUUUUUACCGUUAUUUAGUGUUGACACUGAUGUGGUUCGUCACACGAGACAGAUGACGCGACAGCAACGAGGCAUGAGCUUGGUAGAUUCCAAUGCUUCAAGUAUGUGCUCCUGUAGUUAGCAUGUGAAAUGUAAACUGUGUUUCAAUUCCUGUAAUGGUAUUCACCAGCAAUGCGCCUGCACAAACUCUCCCACACUUAAACCACGAUGGAUGCAAAGGAAGAGGAAUCUGUUAGACUGUUUAUAUGGCACGAAUGACUGGCUGGAUUCAUGAAUAACAGUUUGAGGAUUCACAGUAACAUUUAUCUGAUCUAAAUAAUAAUAAUAAUAUUAAUAAUAAUACAGAACCAACACAGCAGUUUUGUGAUUUUUAAUAAAAAACCCUCUGCUGUUGUAUUAUCCUUUUAGAGAAGUUUAUUCAGGGUCUAUGUAUUAGUCCAGUGUGCUACUGUUUUUAAAUCUUUAAUCCGUGCUAGUUUUUUGGAUUCGUUUUUGGUCACUUCUCAAAUUUUGCGUUUUAUCUUUCGGGUUUUCUGGUCGACUGUGUCAGUUUAAAGUUAAUUCACGCUGCAAGUUAUAGAAUCAUCUGUUUAGGUCGUUCAUCGAACUUGAUAAUUAAAAUCCGAACUGUUACUGUUUUAA